GAGUUGGCAGGUAACGCCGCCCGUGACAACAAGAAGUCUCGUAUCAUCCCCAGACAUUUGCAAUUGGCCAUCAGAAACGACGAGGAGUUGAACAAAUUGUUGUCCGGUGUAACCAUCGCUCAAGGUGGUGUGUUGCCCAACAUCCAAGCCGUUCUGUUGCCCAAGAAGACCGAAAAGAAAGCUUAAAAAACAUUCUUCCGACACUGCACAACUAAAAAGGCCCUUUUCAGGGCCACCAAAUUUAUGAACAGUAAUUCGGUAGAUGUGAGUAGCCUUUUGUGAUUGUAAAAACAGCGAGCGUAAUUUUAUAUAUAUCAUACAAACUCAUUUAAAACAAUUAGAUACCUUGAAAUGCAGUUA